GUCUGAGUUUCGGUCAGGCUGCGGCAGCGGCUGCUGUAGUUCAGAAGAGCGAGGCCGAGGCCUGGGCCCAGCCCGGAGCCGCUGCCUGACCGGAGCCACCUGGAGCCCCCGCGCCGGGUGAUCUUAGCGGCGGGCUCGGGCUCGGCCGGCAACCACACGCAGGACCGAGGCUGCAUGCCGGAGGACCAGGCCCACACAGCCAUGGAGGAAGCAUCUCCCUAUUCCUUACUUGACAUCUGCUUGAGUUUCCUGACCACCAACCUUGAGAAGUUCUGUUCAGCAAGACAAGAUGGAACCCUGUGUCUGCAGGAACCGGGAGUAUUUCCACAGGAGGUGGCUGAUCGACUUCUUCAGACCAUAGCUCUUCAUGGUCUCCUGAAUGAUGGAACUGUGGGAAUUUUCAGAGGUAACCAGAUGCGCCUAAAGCGAGCUUGCAUUCGCAAAGCCAAGAUUUCUGCUGUUGCUUUCCGGAAAGCCUUUUGCCACCACAAGCUAGUAGAACUCGAUGCCACAGGUGUGAAUGCUGACAUCACUAUCACAGACAUCAUAAGUGGCCUUGGCAGUAACAAGUGGAUCCAGCAGAAUCUUCAGUGCUUAGUACUAAACUCGUUAACCCUGUCCCUCGAGGAUCCGUACGAGCGGUGCUUCAGCCGGCUCUCUGGUCUUCGGGCUCUGAGCAUCACUAACGUGCUCUUUUACAACGAAGAUCUGGCUGAAGUGGCUUCCUUGCCUAGACUGGAGAGCCUGGAUAUUUCCAACACCUCAAUCACAGAUAUCACUGCCCUGCUGGCCUGCAAAGACAGACUCAAGUCGCUCACCAUGCAUCAUUUGAAAUGUCUAAAAAUGACAACUACCCAGAUCUUGGAUGUUGUUCGGGAACUAAAACAUCUGAAUCAUCUUGACAUCUCGGAUGAUAAGCAGUUUACAUCAGACAUAGCCCUUCGAUUAUUAGAGCAAAAGGACAUCUUGCCCAAUCUUGUCUCCCUGGAUGUUUCCGGGAGAAAGCACGUGACAGAUAAAGCUGUUGAAGCCUUUAUACUGCAGCGGCCCAGCAUGCAAUUUGUAGGUUUGCUGGCCACAGAUGCUGGGUACUCUGAGUUCCUUACGGGCAAAGGACACUUGAAGGUAUCUGGAGAAGCCAAUGAAACCCAAAUUGCAGAAGCGCUAAGGCGGUACAGUGAACGGGCAUUUUUUGUCCGGGAGGCUUUGUUUCAUCUUUUUAGCCUGACUCAUGUGAUGGAGAAAACAAAGCCAGACAUUUUAAAGCUUGUGGUUACUGGGAUGAGAAACCAUCCUAUGAAUUUGCCUGUGCAGCUGGCUGCAAGUGCCUGUGUGUUUAACUUAACUAAACAGGACCUUGCCUUAGGCAUGCCUGUCCGGCUCCUCGCCGACGUGACCCAUUUGCUGCUCAAGGCCAUGGAACAUUUUCCUAAUCACCAGCAGUUACAGAAGAAUUGCCUCCUCUCACUUUGCAGUGACCGGAUUCUUCAAGAUGUUCCAUUUAACAGGUUUGAAGCAGCCAAGCUUGUCAUGCAGUGGCUUUGCAACCACGAAGAUCAGAACAUGCAGCGAAUGGCAGUAGCUAUCAUUUCCAUCCUGGCUGCCAAGCUUUCCACAGAGCAAACCGCACAGCUUGGUGCUGAGCUCUUCAUCGUUAGGCAACUUCUUCAAAUAGUGAAGCAGAAAACUAAUCAAAAUUCCGUGGACACUACAUUGAAAUUUACUUUGAGUGCACUUUGGAACCUUACAGAUGAGUCCCCAACGACGUGCAGACACUUCAUUGAAAAUCAAGGGUUGGAACUCUUCAUGAGGGUUCUAGAGUCUUUCCCAACCGAGUCAUCCAUUCAACAAAAAGUUCUAGGACUUUUGAACAAUAUAGCGGAAGUGCAGGAGCUGCACUCUGAACUAAUGUGGAAGGAUUUUAUAGACCACAUCAGCAGUCUCCUGCACAGUGUUGAAGUAGAAGUCAGUUACUUUGCAGCUGGAAUUAUCGCCCACUUAAUAUCCAGGGGUGAACAAGCAUGGACCUUGAGCCGAAGCCAGAGGAAUUCUCUUCUUGAUGACUUGCAUUCAGCUAUUUUGAAAUGGCCAACUCCAGAGUGUGAGAUGGUAGCAUACAGGUCCUUUAAUCCAUUCUUUCCACUACUUGGCUGUUUUACAACUCCUGGAGUCCAGCUGUGGGCAGUUUGGGCCAUGCAACAUGUCUGCAGCAAGAACCCUUCAAGGUAUUGCAGCAUGCUGAUUGAAGAAGGAGGACUACAGCAUUUGUACAACAUCAAAGAGCAUGAGCAGACAGAUCCCUAUGUCCAGCAGAUUGCUGUAGCCAUUCUGGACAGUUUAGAGAAACACAUUGUGCGCCAUGGAAGGCCCCCUCCCUGUAAAAAGCAGCCCCAGGCCCGACUGAAUUGAUAGCCAUAGAUAGUUGGGUACGAACAAACAGCAUUUUUGUGGUGGGUUCAUUUGGAAUAGCGUGCUCUCUGGUGUUUGGGGGCGGGGUGGGGUGUGUGUGGUAAGAGUCUGUGAUCCUUUGGAAUUGGUAAUGUACAGUACUGCCCAUGUGAACAGUCUGAUUUGUUUUGUGAUUUUUAACUUACGAGGCAAGAAAGGUCUUCCUUCAAUAUUGUCUCUUAGGAAAUCUUUCAGUGUUUGAACUUAACCUGUGCUUGAGAUUCUACAGUUUCAUGAUAAGCUGCACGCACUCCUACUCAGACUUCCCUUGCAGGUGAGCAAGGCUGACUUGACUUCAGCUCCGCCUCCAUGUAAUUUUAUAUUGCUCCUGUAAAAAUGCCCCCAUUCUCUGUGUGUCUUUCACAAGAUGCCCUUCUUUGUGUGAGUGGAAGCUGUUGUGUUUCUAGAAGCUUCUUGCUGUCAGGAGCCUGAAUGGCAGUCAAAGGAAUAUAAAAGAAAGAAAGACUAUGAAAGAAGGACAGAGUCGAAAAGGAAUUAGGAAGUGCUUUUGUGGAGUUGCUCUGAAAAUGGGUAAGGUUCUCCUGGUGUCCCUCUGCUAAGGUGGGAGGGAGCAGAAGCUGUUCUCCAUGAUGAAGACUGGAAGCACAGACCAUUGCUAUCCCUUCUUUCCCAAAGUCAUUCUUAUUCAGUGGGAUAGAGACUGUUCUUGGAGUUAAUUUGCUUAGUUAAAAUACAGUUGACAACAGAAAAUUUGUUGCAAAAAUUUAAACUUGAGUUGGGGUGUGGCUCAGCGGUAGAGCAUGUUCUGGGGAUGUAUGAAUUCAAUAUCCAGCACCACACACAACAAAAAGGUAACUGUUCCUUCUGUUCAAAUAUGUGUAUCUGUCAGGCAUAAGUGGCUUAUGCCUGCAAUCUUACCACUCAGGAAACUAAGCAGGAGGAGUGCUGUGAGUCUGAGGCCAGUCUGUGUUAGAGAGUGACAGGUAGUGUCUCUCCAUUAUGUGUUCACGUUAGAAAAAGGUGCAAGAGAAGAGUGGGCAGCUGCUAGAUGGCUAAAUGUGUAGUCGACUGGGUAAAUGCGAAUGUUCUGAUGGAUUAUUUUUUAGGCAGUUGCCUUUCCUUCAAGAUUAUUGAUAUAUGAAGAAUCAGUUAUCAUCCUAUGAACCUGGGAGGCAGCAAAUUACUAACACUUAAUUUCCACUAUAAUUUUAAGUUGGGAAUAAGUCAGACCUAUAAUCCAGUAAUGACAAGGGUGAGACAGAAGGAAUUACAGCUGGAGGUAAGCUAGGCCACAAAGUUGCAAGCCAGCCUGGGCUAUAUGGGGAGACCCUUUCUCACAUAACAAAAGGUUUUUAUUUUAAGGCAGUCUUGGUGGCACUCGCCCUUAAUUCAGAACACUAAAAAGCAGGUGGCUUUCAGGGUCAGCAUGGACUUGAUAGCAAGACCCCAUCUCAAAACAAACAAGGACACUCACACCUUGUUCUGUAAAUAGGUUUAGUCUGAAAUCUCUUCUGACCACAUUCAUACAUGUCUAAAAGGUUUUCAGUAGAGUUUUAAAGUAAGUCAGGACUAUUUGAGUUUGGGAAGGAGCUAGCUUAAGCUGUGCAUCUGGGCGCGCACCUGCACCCUAGUGUUUGGAGAACAAAGGUGAGGGGAACUCAAGGGAACAUGAGUUCUAAGCCAGCCUGGGCUACAAGAGUAAGCUACAACUCACUGCAGCAUGCUGUCAACGUGUAGACCCAUGUCUUACACUACUGUCACACUCCUUGGACUUGAGUGUUUCAGACUCCCCUCAUAGGGGUGAAUACUGAAUCAAACUGAAAGAAAACAGACACGUAGAGUUUAUCAAAAGCCAUAUUAAACCAUGAUUUAUUUCUUACUUCAUUGGUUCAAGGAGUUUUGAAAGCUAUAAAAUGUAUUUUUACCUGAUAUGGUUGCUCAAACCCAUGAUCUACCACUGGAGAGACAAGAUUGUCAUUUUGAGGCUAGCCUGGGCUACCUAGUGGUGCUUGACUCAGCAGCCUCUACCCCAAAAAGAUGCAUUUUUCAUAGUUAAACACAUUUCAGAGAAAAAGUCUUUCAAUGGAGUAGUUUUUGCUUUUUGUUGAUAUUUCUCCCUCAAUUUUAAUAUCUAAGACAAAAUUCUGACAAUACAAUACAGUCUGCAGUAGUUAGCAAAUUGGUGGUGUUUCCUACACAGUACACUUCAGAAAUAUUUGAGGACUUUGGCUUCAAGUGUUGCAACAAAAAUACAUGUUCUUAUAGGCUAUUGCAAACCUUGCCAUUACAAAGUUUCAGAGAAAUAAAGUCAGGUGGUGGUGUACACCUGUAAUCCCAGUGUCAGCAGCCACAUAGUAAAUUCAGAACCAGCAUUGGUCACCUGAUAUCCUAUCUGGAGAAGCAGAACAAGAAAUGGUCAAAAGGACUGCGGAAUGGUUCCAGAUAACCUGAUGCAUGAAGACUCAAAACCAAUUCAGUUUAUAUUUUCCAGGCCAGUCAGGACUGGAUUGCAAAAAAAACCCAACUUAAACAAAAAGCAAAAAAUCCCUAAACUCAAAGUGACUGGAUCUCAAGUAAAUCAAGAUGUUAGUGCCUCUGUGGUUUUUCUUUGUCCGUUGGGUGGUGGUGUUUUGCUUUUCAGAUAGAGCCUCACUAUGUGUAGACCCUCCAAGGCUGUAGUCUGUGUUGAUCUCAUUCAGCUAUAUUCAGACAGUCCUCAGCAAGUGCGAGGGUCCCAGGCACGUGCUACCAUGUCUGCCUGUGGGAUGGUUUUCUUUUUGUUUUGUUUGUUUUUGUUUUUCGAGACAGGGUUUCUCUGUGUAUGUAGUCUUGGCCGCCCUGGAACAAGUUUUUGUUUCCAGAAUGCUAGGAUUAAAGGUGUGCACCACCCACUGCCCAGCUCUGGGGUGGUUCUGGAAUUUUCAACAAUCCUGAAUAUGGGUAAAGUGUAGUAAAUGCAUGUGUGUGUUUAUAGAUUACAAACCCAGCCAUCCUCCUCAGCCUCCUGUUUGUAAUUGGUUGGUACUUCAGAGCCAUCGGCUUUGCCGUGUGCUUUCAGCAUAGUUCAGACUGACCCGAAUGGCCUUGUUGAACUCAUCAGUGUUCAGACAUAAGCCAAUGGGCCAUGAAUAGCAAGACUUGGAUCUGCUGAAAGAAAUACAUGCACAAGGACCCAGGUUCAGUCCCCAGCAACCUCCCACAGAGGAAGCAGAAUUAUUAGACUUUGUAAGACUGGAGUCGAAUAAAGCAAAAUAUAGCAAAUCAAAGCAUCUGGGUUUUGUGUACUGAGUAUGUUUUGCCGUGGUCUUUGUACUCUGAAGUUUGUUUUCCUUCUGGGUUGAGAGUGCUACUCAGCUCAUUACUGAAGUGAGUCAUCCUGAGUUCAGCUCCUACUAUCAGAAAAAAGAGACGAUGAUAUUUAAUGGUCUCUUUUUAAGUUAUCAAUAAAGCCAUAAAUCAAGAAGUAGUGGGGGGGGUGGCCACAGUGGUUAUUGAUCUUACCUGAGGAUUUAAAAAUUCCUAUUAGGCCAUCAAGUUGAUGAGUUGAUCAUAAUUAUUGUUAACCUAGACAGGAAGGGUACUCUGGCUUACCCAGAGUGAGGAUGGAAGAAACUAUCUUGGGAGUUUGCUUCUAUAUUUUUUGUUUCUAAAGAACCAAAGGUCCAUGUUUAAAACUACCAACCAACCAUCCUCGAUGGUGCAUGCCUUUAAUUCAGUACUUGGGAGGCGGAGGCAGGCAGAUCUCUGUGAGUUCAAGGUCUGGUCUAUAGAAUUCUAGGUCAGGGCUAUGUAGUGCGACCUUGUCUCAAAAAGCCAACCAACCAAACAAAAAUAAAACAAAACCUCACAUCAAUCAUAAAAAUGCAGUUAAUGACGUUUCUCUUACUAAUGGGUCCUUUUAGGCUGCUCUCUGGUCAGUUUUUGUCUUACUCGUUGUGACUUUUUGCUUUGUCUUGUGGAAUCAGAGCUAACUUAAAACUCUCCACCAUCCUGCCUGUGUCGGCCAAGUGCACCACCUGCUAAGCUUCUUAGUCACUUGUUGUGCUUGUUUGAAAUUGAAGGCGUGUUAGGAUAAGGCCGGUCUGUCUUUGGUGCUCUCUGGCCAUGGGUUCCCCCUUUGGUCCAUGCUGGUAAAAAAUGUAGAAACAGUAAACUUAGCUCAGCUUUUGGCUUUGUUAUUAGAGAUGGGAUCCUCUGUAGCCCAAGCUGGUCUCAAGCUCACCAUGUAUCUGAGGAUGACUGUACUCUGUUUGCCUCUCCAUGCUAUGCCGUGGUUAUGGUCACGGCCACUCCCCCCAGCUAUUUUCUGCCCUUUUCGAGACAGAAUCUUGACAUAUAUUCCAUGUUGGCCUCAGACCUCUGAGUGUUGGGAUUAUGGGAAUGCACCAAGCCAGGCUUAGCUUGGUGUUUUAUGUUUUAAAAUGCAUCUUCCUCCUCCUGGGAGCCCAGAACAAUGUAUAACCAUACUCAAAGUUGAAAGGGGGAGAAGAGGUAACCGAAAUGAGCCAUUUUGUGCACCUUUAUUUGGUUCUUUUUUUUUUUUUUUCCCCAGAGCUGGGGACCGAACCCAGGGCCUUGCGCUUCCUAGGCAAGCGCUCUACCACUGAGCUAAAUCCCCAACCCCGUGAGCCAUUUUGUAACGGUAAUUUUCAGUCUGUUUCCUCGCCAAUGGCGCACUUUCAUUAAUUGGUUAUUAUGGGACUUUAAUUGGGUUUUAAACAGUAUCAAUAAGCUAAAGGCAAACAUUCAGUGUCUACUCUCAGCUGACAUGGACUCUUCUAGUUUUAUCUACAUAUUUAUGUGGAGAGACUGUUUGGGUGAGAUCUGCUCAGAGACUGCGUCCAGAGAGGUUUGCAAACUGUUUUCCUUCUUAAACCCUGUGUAGUGGUUUCAGAUGAUUUUGUUUAUCUCGUGGAUAUUGGAUGUUUACUCCUUGUCAUUUGCUGUGUGUUGACCCAGUUUUAAUUUUCAGUGUUAACUCAAAGUGUUCGUUUUAGCAAUGAUGCAGAGCCCACCAGUGAUAGGAAUAAGAGUAUGGUAGAGAAGUUUGCAUUGGGUUUUAGGCUCUUCACAGCUGUGUUACCUAGAAUUCCAUGGACUCUGCAUGAUGUGUGUGGCACCCUGGUCCAUGCAGUUGUUUGUUUCCAAGACUUAACCCUGACAACUCAACACUGAUAACUAAUAGUCUAAGAAAGAACUUCUUCCCGCCUUUCCACUCUACUUUAAAAAAAAUUAAUUAUGUAAAACUGAAUGCAGUUUCUUAUCCUGUGCUGACAGGAUGCCUCUGUAGGACACAGCCUAGAUGACAGUCAGACCAAUGACAAGUAAGAAAUAUGCCAGCAGUGUGGUAGCUUGUGCAUAUGACCCUAAGGGGGCAGAGCUGGGCCAGGGAGACCCCUACUUCUGCACCAUCUUGGGCUAUACCCCUAUAUUCCCAACUACCAGGGAGGCUGAAGCAGGAGGAUCACCUGAGGACUUAGGUGAUUCCCAAGUUUAAAGUGAGACUGGGCAACACAGUAUGAUCCAGCCUUAAAAACAGAAUUGUAGCUGAGUGUGUGCUGAUACACAGUUUCAUCCCAGCACUCAGGAGGCAGAGGCAGAUGGACCUCUGAGUUAGAGGCCAGCCUGGUCUACAGAGAGAGAGUUCUAGGACAGCCUGGACUGCACAGAGAAGCCCUGUCUAGGGGGCUUAGAGGGAAUAUAUUUAUAGUUUUCAGUUUCAAAAUUUAUGUUGUGGCAAAUCAUAAAUAUUUCAUUAAUGGUAAACACUUGACUUUGAGCUUACUUUAUAGAAAAUUUUGAGUUCUUUUAAGUUUUUUGUUUUGUUUGGGAGUAAGACUCAAAUGUACAAGUCAAAUGUGUGUAGCUCUUGCUGUCUUGGAACUUGCUAUGAAGACCAGGCCUGCCUCUGCCUCCUGAAUGCAGGGACUAACGGCAUGUGCCAAUACACUGGGCUCUUUUAACCUUGUUUUAAUCAACUUUGGAGCAAGAUGUUCUUUAAUUAAUGAAAAAAUUAAGGCUCUUUCACAAAGGGAAAUCUUUUAUAGCAUUUUCCUCUAAAUCAACGUUAUGUGAAGAUUAGAAUUCUCAGAUAAUUUGCAGAAACUUUUUUUUUUAAGUCACUGACUUGUGGGACAUUGAGAUGACUCAGCAGGUAAAGGUGCUUGUGCCAAGCCUGAGUUCAGUUCCUCAUGGUAGAAGGAGAGACCUGGCUCUCACGAGUUCUCUGAUCCCCUGUGUGCAUCAUGUACACUCAUGCCCCAUGCUAAAUAGAUAAGUAUAGCAAACUUAUCAGCGUUUAAUAUCACUCAGAGGCAGAGCAGAAGGACUGUGGGCUAGAGGCCGGCUUGGGCUGCUAAUGAGGCCCAUCUUGGGCUACAUGGAAAGAUCCUAUUGAAAAAUCCAAAAAAGUGACUAAUGGCAAAAGUGACAAACGACAAAAUGUCUGAGGUUAAGGUUUCCUCUGUCAGAGGCUGGACUUAUGCACGGAGAGGCUGUCUUUUGCUGGGAUUGUGGGAUUUAACUCUUCCCAAGACAUGCAAAACCCAUGGGAAAGUCGAAUGUGUGUGCAUUUCAGAUCCAGCUCUAGAUUGUCUGGGCUGGAGUAUUCUGUAUGGCCUGGUAGACGGGAAUGUUCUGCACGUAAAUCAUGUAUCUUCAGAUGGGACAUCUCUUAAGUAUUAAUGUUGUGUGUACAGACUGGGAUUUUUCUUUUGCCUAAAUAAAUGUUACAAAUUUUAUGUAAA